GCUGUUCGCGGUACCGCGGGCCGCGCUCCUGUCGCCGCACACCUGCUCCAUCCGAGGCCUCCUGGAGCGAGGUAGGUACGGACGGGCGGGGGAGACCCGUCGGGUGUUGCGGCCUGCACUCGGACCCCCCCUUGCUGGCGUCUUCCUCAGAGCGAGAUGCGCUGCAGAGCCAGUCGGGCUGGGUGCCGCUGCUGCUGGCGCUGCUCCAUGAGCUGCAGGCUCCAGCAUCGCCCUGGAGCCCAUACUUCGCGCUCUGGCCGGACUUGGGCCGUUUGGAGCAUCCUAUGUUCUGCUGGGUGGGCUAUCCCUGCAGGCCAGAGGAGGAGCGGCGGCGCUUGCUGCAGGGCACCGGCGUCCCAGAGGCCGUGGAGAAGGAUUUGGCAAACAUCCGCAGCGAGUACCACUCCGUCGUCCUGCCCUUCAUGGAAGCCCACCCUGAUCUCUUCAGCCCCAGUGUUCGUUCUCUGGAACUCUAUCAACAGCUUGUGGCCCUCGUGAUGGCCUAUAGCUUUCAAGAACCACUAGAGGAAGAGGAGGAUGAGAAGGAGCCAAAUUCUCCUUUGAUGGUGCCUGCUGCAGACAUACUUAACCACGUAGCCAAUCACAAUGCCCAUCUAGAAUAUUCUACAGAUUACCUGCGGAUGGUGGCCACUCAGCCCAUUCCUAAAGGCCAUGAGAUUUUCAACACUUACGGGCAAAUGGCUAAUUGGCAACUGAUUCAUAUGUACGGUUUUGUUGAGCCAUAUCCUGACAACACAGAUGACACAGCUGACAUUCAGAUGGUGACAGUCCGUGAUGCUGCAUUGCAGGGGGCAAAAGAUGAAGCUGAAAGGCUCCUCCUGUGUGAGCGCUGGGAUUUCUUGUGCAAGCUAGAGAUGGUAGGGGAAGAGGGAGCAUUUGUGAUUGGUCGUGAGGAGGUGCUGACCCAUGAGGAGCUGACUGCCACACUGAAGGUACUGUGUAUGCCUGCUGAGGAGUUCAGAGAGUAUAAAGACCGAGAUGAAUGGGGAAAGGAUGAAACAGAAGAGGACAACCUGACUGUCUCAAGUAUCCCCAGCCUCAAAGCAUCAUGGAGACAGCUUCUUCGAGACAGCGUUCUGUUGACCCUACAAAUGUAUGCCACAGACUUAAAAACUGAGCAAGAUUUACUUAAUAAGGAAGUCUAUGUCAAACUCAGCUGGAGGGAACAGGCAGCCUUACAGGUUCGCUAUGGUCAGAAGAUGAUCUUACAUCAGUUGUUGCAACUCACAAGUUAGUAGGCUCCCUGUUGACUGAAUACCAGAAGUAAGAACUUUUUGUGUAAGCUGAUGUUACUUGAUUGAAAAGGAAGGAAAUUUGGAUCUUUUGUUUUUCUUACCAGUAAUGACAAAAGUUGUGCUAGAAUUAACUUUGGAGGUCAGAAUGGCAUGUUUAAGGGUUGAAACUGGCAGACUGCCAAUUGUUACUGUUACUUAGGGACAAGAUAUUACAUAGAUAUUUUGUAGCAAUUUUUUUAAAAUAAGCAUUUAAUAACAUGGACACAGGAGACAGGUAAUUUACCUGCACCUUCAGUCUAACUGCUUGUCUGAAGUGUGCUCUAAUAACUCUUUGAAGAAACCAAUUCAAAGAUACCAAAGACCUGUUGACCUCACUGGUUUUAAGAUUCCAGCUGUUUACUAUACUCUUAGCCAUAAAUUAUAAAUGGAUUUACUUUCAAACACUACCUAUUCAUACAAAAAUAACUAUUUUUUUUUAAAUACAACAGUUUUCUCAUUACAGAAAUAUACACAAAAAUAAUUUACUUGGUGGCACACACCAGCUCUGGAGGCAAGGAAGGAGACUGAGUUUGGUAGGCAUUAUCUUCAAAAAGUCUUGCUUAUUAAAACAUGAUGGCUAAGUAGGAGGAAAUAAACCACUUUUGCUGAAUGAUAAGAAUUUAUUUCCCAGUAGUUCUGCCAAGUUAUAGGCUUUCCACCUUUUCUCCUCACUAGCACUGGCUGCUAAGAAAGGACACCGUGGACUCAAGUGACAUAACUGUAAGGUUUACCUAUAGCCUGCACAAAGGAUAUUAUGAAACGAUGACUAAGGAACUAAAAAGGCUACAAAAUACAAGGGCCAAUCUGUAUGCAAACACCUAAAAUCCUUACAGAAGGUGCUAUUGGUCCUUCAGACUUACUCCCCUAGGCCUAAGUAGGGUCAUGGGGAAAUGAUAAUACGUAAAAUUUGGUCCCAUUUUCUGAGUGUCAGGAAGAGUGUUGGUUUCAAGGUGUAUUCUUCCAUAAGGCCAGAAAGCUGAUUAAACUGCUUUACCCUGCCAGUUUUAAAAUGGCUGUGGAAAAGGCAAGCAUAGAUUUCAACUACUUAAUUGACUUUCAGGUCUAUUCACAUUUUAAAAGUGUUACAGGCCUUUAAUCCAAGCAGAGGUAGGAGGAUUACUGUGAGUUCGAGGUCAGGCUAGGACCACAAUGUGAGUUUCCAUGUCAGCCUAGGCUACCUACUUCAAAAAUAAAUUUGUUAACAAAGCUAA